CCCACCCCGCUGCACCGCAAGUGAGACGGUCCCCGCGACGCUCACCGAAUCCCACCCGGACCCUGAAACCGCCCCAGGCUCCCGGCUGAGGACCUCAAUGAACGCCACUCACCAGCGGCGGUAGCCGGGAGCACAGAAAGGGCAGCGCCGGCUGGAAACGGUAGGACAAAGAGAAGCCCUGGCAAGCCGCGCGGAGCUGGACAGCUGGGUGGCGCUGUUUCUCCCCGGGAGAUGCCGCCUCCUGGCCUGUGGUCGUUUCACUGACCGGCCCUGCUCCGUUCCUUUGCAACUUGCUUCUCCUUCCUCGCCGCUGCGCCUUCUUCCUUCUCGCCUGCUCUCCUUAUUCUCCUUUUCUUUCCUUCCACUCUCACCCUCAGCGGUUUAGGGGUUUUAGCUGUGCUGCCCCAGGACCUGGGGAUUUUAUCGUUUGUGUGGCAGCUUCUAGAGGGCCUAUCGCUGAGGCUGAGGUGUGAGGCCGUGAUGAGGAUGACGGAGGAGAAAACGGGGCCUCCUCUCAGCUCGCUGCCUUGGGGGCUUCUCCGCAGGGACCCCUUAGGCUAACGCCCCUCCUGGAGUCUUAACCACUGGACCACCAGGGAAAUCCGCGGGUUGAAUUCCUGGGUUUCUGCACCCAUCUUCUUAAAAGAGAAUGGUAUAUCUCUUCAGAAGGGACUUCAUCCAGGAAAAGUAGGUAGAUUACCCUCAGGGCCAGGAAAAUACUGAUGUUUCUUCUGUUUUAAUGAUGUUUUCCACCACCUAAACUCAUUAGGAAACCCAUUGAGGUGAGAAAUGUCUCUCAUUAAAAACAAUCCAGAUAACUUCUCCAAUAACCACCUGCAUUGGCCGUUUAGCUCUCCCCGCUGCUGAGGACCCAUCCCCGGAUUAUCUUCUAACAUCCAUCAGUUCCGCUCUCUCUGGUGACAAUCUGCAGGAACAUUUCCAUUUUUUUGAUGCUCCAGCGAAUCUCAGCUCUUCACAAACAAACUAGACCAGAAAACUGCAGAGUCUUGUGCCUCAAGCAUUGGCUUGGAUUGGACUCAAAGCACUUCCUCUUCAAAGGGCAGCACCUUGAAAACUAUAAACCUGUUUUGUUAGUCAUGAUGGAAAGACAUUUCUGGAGUUUCAAGUACCAAAUCUACCUGAGGAAAAAAAGUGCGUUGACUCCUGGUUUUGGCAACGUACUACAGUACGUGAGAUGCUUUCAUUGGGUCUGUAACUCAUCUAUGGUCAAAAAAGGAGGAACUCAUUUGUGGCAAAAAUCAUCAGACAUCCUACAGUCACUAGAACAGAAACCCCACAAAGUGAUGAUGACCCCUUCAUCUCUGAGGGCACCUUACCUGCCUCCCAGGAAGCUAGAAGGAAGAGGAAGCAGCACUGGAGGCGAAAGAUGGAAUGGAUGCAGUGGGCCGGCUGAGCCAUGUUGGAGAUGGAUGGCUGCUUGAGGCCAUGGGCUGGAGUCCCCUCAGCUUAUAUGGGCCCAGGUUUGACGUCAUUGGGGCUGGGGCCCCUCAGGCCUAAAUCUUAAACAAAUGGAACUGCCCCACCCCACAGGGGUGCCCUGAUAACGGGAGACCGCAGCUGCUUCGUCAUGAAGUGAGGCCUCUUACUGUUGUGGCCUCUCCCGUUGUGGAGCACAGGCUCCGGAUGCGCAGGCUCAGCGACCAUGGCUCACGGGCUCAGCCGCUCCACGGCAUGUGGAAUCUUCCCGGACCGGGGCACGAACCCGUGUCCCCUGCAUCGGCAGGCGGACUUUCAACCGCUGCGCCACCAGGGAAGCCCUGUAACAUCUUUAUUGGAGUAUAAUUGCUUUACAAUGCUGUCCAGUUUUCCCAGCACCACUUAUUGAAGAGGCUGUCUUUUCUCCACUGUAUAUUCUUGCCUCCUUUAUCAAAGGUAAGGUGCCUGGUCCUGCUUUUGACUUUUCUCCCUGACUCUGCCCAGGGUCCUCUCUGCCUCCAUCCCUCUGUACAGGGGCCCAUUGGUUUUGGGGGGAAGAGGGAGAAGAUGAAAAGGGAGGCAGCUAAGAAGACAAAGGGCAUGUGCCUUUGUGCAUUCUAGAGGGUUUACAUGACAAGUUUAUCAGUCUGUUGAGCUUACCCCUGUGUCUGGCAGAAUGACGGAUGGGUUCUAAUCUCUCUGCUACUGACUGUGUGACCUUAGUAAGUCAUUUACCCUCUUUGAGCCUUUGUUUCCCAGUUUUUAAAGAAAGAGGGUAAAGUAGAUGGGCUCCAAAUUCCCUCUACAAAUCUGUCCUUGUGUUUGCCAUUCUGAGUGCCUUAUGAAAGGGUGUUGGCUGGGAGGGUGAGGGAGUCCCUUUUGCCAUGAGUGCACAAGGCAGGGGGUGGGGCGGAUAUCUGAUGAAAUUCGUGUCCCUGCCUGAGUAGCUAGGAUAUUUUAGAACAACUAAAACAAAAUAUUCAAAGACGAAAGUUCCCCCUUACCCAGAUUUCUCACCUAGAAGGCCACUGUGGCUGCGGUAACAGAACACCUGGGUUUGGGAAGAACUUGUCCUAAUCCACCCCUCCAUUUUGGGCCCACCUUCCUGAGCCCUUCGGUGACAUGGAUGAUAGAAAUUAAUUGCAGUUAAUAAUUAAUCCCUAAAGAGCAAUGAGAGGCCCAGGCUUGGGUGGGGCCCAGACACCCGCACAGAGGGACACCCUCAGCUUCCCUCUCUGUGUGACCAGGGACCCACCCCCUCAAGCCUCGAGACAUGGGGGAGAAGUGGGGCGCAGGAUCGAGCAGCAGCCCAGUGAAUGGCCCUCUCCUGGGUCCUUAGAGCCAAACUGAGAGAACUGGCAAGUCCAGUUACCCAGCUUCCCCCUCCCAUCUCCCCACACACACCUGUGCUAAGGAUUGAGUGGGGAGUAGGAAGGCAGGCCAGUUAAGGAGAGACCAGCAGGCCUUCAGACAUCUCUUCUGUCCAUCUGAGAAGCAAGAAGCGAUAGAGCCGCGAUGGGGGCUGGGCUGUCCCUCUUCAUCCUCCUGACCCUCCUCGCCAGCUCACAGGGAACAGGGUCAGAAAUGACUUUGCAACUGAAGAUGAAGGACUCCUUUCUGGCAAAUUCCUCCUAUGAUUCCAGCUUCCUGGGACUGCUCGAGAAGCUCUGCUCCCUUCUCCACCUCCCAUCAGGGACCAAUGUCACCCUGCAUCAUGCAGGAUCCCCACACCACGUCACCUGCAAAGUCUGAGAGCGGUCGAAGCCUGUGCCCUUGUUGGCUGGGGCAUCCCGUCCCCGGGGUGCAGGUGCAAUGCCUGACCCCGUCUUCCAGCAGGCCCGCACCCUGCUGAGUGGCAGUAAAUAUGCUGAGCUCAGAGACUUGACUUUGUGGGUUCAUGAGCAGAGGGGCCGGCAGCAAAAUGGAAUUGGACACUCAAGUCUCUGACUCUCCCUUGUUAAGCAGAGGGUUUCCAGGGUGGGUGCUCUCUCCUAACACCAGUGUCAAAGGCCAGAAGGAAUCUGGGGAAUUAACUGCUUGGACGCACACACACACACACGCCACACACACAUACACAUGUGCAUAUACACACACCCUUCAAGCUGAGUUCUUCAGAACACCUGGGAAUAAAGAAAAGGAACAUUUAUUGAAGUCCUGCUUUGUUCCAGGCGUGAGGCUUUCCCAUUUCAAUGCUUGCAACAAUCUUGCCUGUAGCAUAAUAGGUUUCAUUAUCCGAUUUUACAGAUGAGGAAAUUGAGGCUUAGCGAGUGUAAGUCACUCACUGAGGUCCAUUAGCAGUGGAGAGAUCUGACACCGGACAAAUGCCUUAGCUUAAGCAAGGUUUUAAUUUCAUCUCCCCCUGCUUAAGCUUUGGGACUGGGGGCUCAGGAACCUCAGACAGGGAGGUGAGCAGAACACCCCCAGGAUAUGGGCCGCCUGACCAACGGAUCCACACAGGUCAGUCUGGGUAGGAGGUGGCGUGGGGGGCCGUUCAGGUGAGAGAUGAGGGGUUCAGCUUGUGGGAGGAUGGCCAGCCUGGCAGAGUGGUGGGGAGAAGAGGAUGGGUGCUCUUGUGCUGGUAACUAUGGGAACGUGUAGUCCCACAGGCCCACUCUUAAAUCCUAGGUGAGUUUCUCGUUCUCUUAGAGCCUCCAUUUCUUUACCUGCCAGAUGAGGAUAAUGAUAGUACCUGCUUCCUAGGAUUGGUCUGAGGAUGACCUGGAUAAGUUACCUAGGGCACUUGCCAUGGUACCUGUCAGAGAGUGGACCUGGGAGCUUGCCGGAUCCCAGUUCCCCGACCAGGGAUUGAACCCAUGCUCCCUGCAGUAGAAGUGCAGACUCCCAAUCACUGGGCCGCCAGGAAAUUCCCAUCUCCUGCUUUUCUUGAGGCAGGUACACAUCUGACUCCACACUCAAGAUGAUCUUGACUUCUUACCGGCUGUCUCAAAAUGCAAGCAUGCUGCCCAGACUUGACCAUGUGGAGGGCAUUGGUAUGAUUGCCUCCUGUUGUCCACAAAACCUGUCCUACCAACCCCGCUCCCCCUCCCCCGCACACCAUCACCACCAUAUGAAACUAGAGACUGACUCCUUCGGAGGGAGGGGAAGACAACAGUUCCAUAUGGAGUAUCCCUGAAAAUGAGAAAGCAUAGUAAAACAAAAUUCCUUUAGUUUCCUUGACAAUUGUCCUGAGACUAUUGGCCUGGAGGAGAGGUAGCUGGGGGCUCCAAAGGGCCCCAAUAUUUCAUGACUGGCCCCUAGCCUGCACUGGUGGGCAGGUGACACCCAUGGGUCAGGUGAAUAGGCCCCAAACAAGUCAAGGGAUUAAAUGUCUGGAUCUCCAAAAGGCUGGAGGAGCAGACAGCUAACUGCUUCUUUUAAUUUUUUUUAAUUUUUAUUUUAUAUUGGAGUAUAGUUGAUUAACAAUGUUGUAUUAGUUUCAGGUGUAAAGCAAAGUGAUUCAUCCAUACAUAUACAUGUAUCUAUUCUUUUUCAAAUUCUUUUCCCAUUUAGGUUAUCAGAGAAUAUUGAGCAGAGUUUCCUGUGCUACACAGUAGGUCCUUGUUGGUUAUCUAUUUUAAAUAUAGCAAUGUGUACAUGUCAGUCCCGAACUCCCAAGCUAACUGCUUCUUAACCUGGUUCUCGAAUCUCAGGGCCUGGGAUCACAGGGCUGUGAUUUUCAGAUUCUUUUCUCAAAGAAUUCUCUUCCCAGACUCAAGGCAGAGCGGGGCAGUAAAAAGAAUGCUUUGGGGUUCACUAGACCUAGGGGUGGCAGAGGCUGCUAACUUUCCCCUAAUAGUCAUUCCCCUCCUUUUGGAUAGUCAUGUAAAUAUUAGCUGAGCACAUGGCUAUGUUACAUUUCCCAGCCUCCCUUGCAGCUAGGAAUGGCCUUGUGAUCAGGUUCUGUCCAACAGGUUGCAAGUAGAAAGGAAGUAUGUAUACAACUUCCUGGUAAUAUCUUUGACAGGAAAGUCACUUCCUUUCCUUUCCCUUCUCCCAGAGGGAAGAAAACAAAGUCUUUACAAAGGCCUACAAGGUCCUAGACCAGCACUUUACAAUAGAACUUCUCAUCAUGAUGGAAAUGUUUUAUAUUAUAACCUGCACUGACCAAUAUGGUAGCCACUAGCCACACGUGGCUAUCAAAUACUUGAAACGUGGCUAGUGUGACUGAAAAACUGAAUGUUUAGUUUUAUUUAAUUGAGAUAGUCAAGUGGCUACCAUUUUGGACAGCACAGGUCUAGAUGAUUGCCUUGAGCCUUCCCUGAUCCCUACCACAUCCCUUACCUUCCUGAGUUCACCUCUCACUCUCCCCACCGCCCCCUACCACCUCCUUGCUACUCUUUGAGCUCUCCAGGUGUACUCCCAUCUUACUGUUUUGCUCUAGCUCUUCCCUCUACCUGGAACACUCUUCUCCCAGACAUCCACUUGGAUGUCUUUACUUAAACCCCAAGUCUUUACUCCUGCAAGUCUCUACUUAAACCUCACCUUUAUAAUGAGUUCUGCCCUGACCCAUUUCAUAUUACAACCUGCCUCCCCGCAACACACAUAUGCACCGGAGCCCCCUACCUUAUUUCACCCUUUUCCCCCCUUGCAUUUAUGACGUUCAGACACACUAGUUUAUUUAUUUACAUGUGUUAUUUCUGACUCUCCCUGCUAGAAUGAAAGAACUGCAGUGGCAGAGAUGUUUGUUUCAUUCAUUGAUGAAUCCAACGGUCCAGAAUACGGCCCAGCAUAUAAUAGGUGCUCAAGAAAUACUUGUUGAACUGGGGGAAGGGAAAAAGGAAGGUGCUCACUCCCUCCUUUUCCUUUCCCUCUGGGUGGGAUGUGGAUAUAGUGGUGGGAGAAGAUCUUAGACCCAGAGUUGGGAAGUGUAUCAAAAUGUCAGGAAAGUAAGAUCAAAAGGGGUAUGGGACCCUCUAUCUCAGUCCUGCACUGCUUCUGCCCAGCAAAAGAAACACCCAUCUCGUCUGAGCCAUUUUCUUUGUUGUUUUUUCUAAAAUAACUUUUUUAAUUUUUGAGUUGAAGUAUAGUUGAUUUACAAUAUUAGUUUCAGGUGUACAACACAGUGAUUCAGUAUUUUUAUAGAUUGGCCACCAUUAUCUUUAAAGCUUGGUUACAGCAGUUAGAAAACUUGCACCUAACUUACUGGGUUGAAUCCCAGUUGACACUUCGGACUAGUUACUUUUAUUCCCUGAGCGCGUUUCUUCAACUCUAAAAUGGAGCAAAUAUCCACCUCGUGAGGUUCUUGGGAGGAUUCAGUGGCACCACAGAGGACCCAGCCCAGUACAGGCCCGCACAUACAGCAGUUUCUCAGAGCUGCUGGACAGAAUGUCACUUGGGUGUGGAAGGGCCAGGCCCCUGAAUUCCACCAAUGAGACAAGGUGCUGGAGGUGGAGGUGGCUAGGUGGGCAUCUGCGCAUGUGUAUAUCCCUGCCUGGGGCUGGGCGGUGUGUCCCUGGCACUCUGGUUUCAGGUACACAGAAGCAGGGGGGAACUCAAUCCCCAGCACAACCUACAGCUCCCCUGAGGCCUGCAGGAAGUCCCAGAUCCUCUCAGAACCCUUGGCGAUAAGGCCAAGAAGCAGGGAAGCUUCCUUCUGGUGAGAAGCAGAAGAGGAACGGCCUGCAGAAGUCGGGCCAUUGUCAGUAAGUGCAGGAAGUAGGUGGAAGCCAGGUCACUGUUCCCAGGCCCUACCGAGAGCUCCUCCUUCCUCCAAUGAGGGAGCCCCGCCCAGCACCCACACUCCCACUGUGGCCCAGAACCUAGCGCUAAGAGGCCACCCGCCUCUCUCCCAGACCAAAGUGUCAGGGAACAACCAAGAGGCAGAAAGUCACCGCUGGGGGAAAGAGGGACAAAAGGACCACAAGCAGACAUGUUUGGGUUUUUUAGUUUAUCUGAAUUUCCUCAUUCCUAAACUUCCAGGUGGGACUGCAUAGGACGGAGGCUGGGGCAAAAACGUGAGCGUCUCGAGGACACCCAGUCACUCUGACCAAACCAGUCUGUUUUCUCAUUGACGAAGGAGGGAACUGGACCACAUGGUCUCUGAGGCUCCACGGCACCAGGACAGCUGCCGAAUCUGUCCUCAAAGGCGGGUCUGGGAGGGAGGAAAGCUACCAGGGAUGGUUAGAGCUCAAAGCUCCCCAGGGCUGGGAGACACAUCCAUCAAGUGCCGGAGGUGACAGGCCGCCUUGUCCAGUUUUGACAGUUCCAACUGGAGGGAAGAAAGCUGGGCAAGGAGAGAAGCAGGUGAGGACAGAGGUAAUAGCCUCCCCCCACCACCCCUGUCCCCAGCCCACAUUCCCUUAGGGAGUCAGGCAUCCUGGGUGGCCUGCCCCAGACUCACCCUCUGCUGCCUCUGAGUCUCUGCCUCUCCCUCUGAUGGGGUCCGGGCUAUGAGGCCAUCAAGCUGCUUCUGCAACUUGUGUCUUCGGGCAGCUAGCCGAGGUAGGUGGGUCUGGGGGUCCACCAGGCCCUGCAGAAGAACAGAGAGAAGGCUCAGACAUCUACAGUCCACCCAGCAUGCCCUUCCCCCCAUUCUAAGAUCUCUCCUCACUUCCCCCCCCCCCGCCCACCUCACUUUUAUAGAACCCGCCCCUUGCCCUCCUCCCAACAUCCUUUUCAACCCCACCCCUCCCUCCUCCAGCCUCCUCUGGUCACCUGCAGCUCCAUGUAGACCUGAACGGUGUCACUGAGAGCGGCCUGGGCCCAGCCCGAGGGAGCUGCUGCAGCUGGGGGUAGAAGGCCCACGGCCCCACAGUGGCCCAGGGUGCCCAAGGGCUCCAGGAAGGCCUCAAAGAGGCCCUGCUCUCCUGGCUCUGAGCUCUGCAGCAGCACUGGGGAGGAAAGGAAACUGUCAGGGUCAAGAGAGCAGCUCCUCAUCCUGCACCUCCCAACUCUGGGCUCUGUCCUCCAGGCUCCCCCUCUUCCCCACCAGCCCCUCCUGUCUGCAGAGACUCAGGAGCCCAGGGCCCACCUCACCUCGGGGCCGGGCCUUGGUGAGCUGGUACGUGGCACGGAGAGCCCUCAGCGCCUGCACAGCCUCCUGGACCCGGGAGAAGUGCCGCUCCAGCUCGGGCUGGUGCCAGUGCUCCUGGAGAUGGGCACCCAGAGUGGGUAAGCAGGCACCUGGGGGACUCGGUCUCAACUCUCCUGGCUCUAACCUCCACCCGCCCACCCCUAUCUCCUUAGAGCAACGAUCUGCUCUCUCCACCACACACAUAAUUCACCACCUCAAGGAACGGAACAUGGCAAAAACCGGGGUGUCAUCUAAGAAGGUCUUAGAUGAUCGCUGGUUAAUGUCUGUUUAGUCGCUCUGACUGGAGAUGACAAACAACCAAAAAUCAGAAUUUAAAAGGUAUUAUUCAAAACUCACAAAACCAAGUAAGUAAAAAAGAAAUUGAGUUAAACUUUAGAAUUACUUUUUGGGUGAGUUUGUAGCAUUUUAUCCUUCUCAAGUUAUUAAAGCUUAACACUGCACUAAGAUUUUUGGGAUAUCCUAUCACUACCAACUAAUCUCAUCACAACCAUGACAUGUACUAUUACGAACCGAUACACGGUCACACGGCUAGUGUCAGUCUGGUGACAACAUCCUACUCUAACCACUUGCUAAUACUGCCCCCAACACCCUGGAGUUAUCCCAGCCCUACAGGAACAAUCCAUCCUCCCAAAGACUCCACGGCAAAAUACAGACCACCACUGUCAACGACCCCACAGCAGCAAGCCCUCCUAGAAGACUGCUCCCCAAGCCUUGACCAGAAGUCCCACUCCAAGACUCCAUGGACGUGACUCACCAAGCUGAGGGCACUGGGGUAGGGGGCAACACAGAUGCUGGGGGCAGGGGCGCCACCAGGCCUGGGGGGCAGCCUCUGCCAGAGCUCUUCAGCCAGGAAGGGCAUCAGCGGGGCGAGGAGGCGGAGACCGAUGUCAGCGCAGGAGAACAGAACCUGAAGAGGCCCCAGGGGGCGGGGCAAGUGCAACAGCACUGGCUUCACAGCCUCCUAGGGAGGAGGCCAAGGGGUCAGGGGCCGUCCACGGCCAUGUCCUUCCUCCACAUGCUCGCCGCCCUAUCAGUGGGGAUGCUGUGGGUAAACACGGGCAGGAGCACCCAGCAUCUCUGAGACCAUCAACUGUCCCUGGACACAGUGUGGAGCGUGUGACAACGGGAAAUCUAGGACAGCGACUCUCAGGGAUGGGUGGGGAAUAAAAUUGUUAGGGAGGUUUGUGUCGUUUAGGAUGAAAAGCACUGAGGUUUUUUUCAUCAAAAAGAGACAGAAAUUUUUUAAAAAGUUGAGAAACAGAAAUCUAGGGCAGUGGUCCUGGGCCAUCAGUGUCAGCAUCACCUGGGACAAGAAAUGAACAUUCUUGCCAGCCACCCCCCAACCUGCUGGCUGAGCUGCUCUGGGGGUGGGACUGACACUCCGCAGUUAACAAGCCCUCCCUCUGAGAGAAGCCCUUGGUCUAAAGACCCCUACUCUUCCUCCCUGUCUGCUCCCAGCUCCCAGCCUGCCCGGGAUCCAAACUCAGCAAUCACAGGGACUAAAAAAAAUCUCCAUCUGCCUCCCAAUCCUGCUUUGUCAGACUUGGUUUUCUAGAAAUCUCCCCUCCUCCUCCUCUCUCUUCUGGUGACAGGCAGGGAACAGCGCCCGGGCCAGUCCCAGGGAAGAGGGGAAUUAGGAUUUCCCCAUCUCAUCUGUCUUCCUGUCCGGGGGGAAGAAUUAGGAACCCAGUUCAGAGCUCUCCGCCAGGGCACAGGAAGCAGGUCUGCAGGGGGAGUGCCCUCGCCUCACUCACCAAGUAGACGUCACAGAGGUUGUGAAGCCAGAAGUGGUGCAGGGCGUGGGUGACGAGCGCGAGCUCGCGGGUGAGGAAGCCCCGCUCGCAGUCCCGGGCAGUGCGGGCCAGGCAGCUGAGGAUCCAGGCAUCCAUGGGGGAGGCGGGGGACAGCUGCGGGCAGAAGGGGCUUCAGGGUGGGACAGCUUGACUCCCACUCCGCUGCCUCUUCUCCUUCUAGACGCCUCCACCAAGCCUCAGAUGUCGGACUACCCAGUUCCCAAGCACCCCUUUUUUCUCUCUUACCUCCUCUGCAGGCUGGGGUAUGAAUUUCUCCCCAAGAGCAUUCAGGAUAAAGCGCAGGGCAUUCCAGAUCUUAUUGCAGAAAUGUCUGAAGCUCAGGACCUCAGAGACAGACAGGUGCAAGUCGCCCCCUGGGAGGGAGACGCAGGAGGGAGCAUGCACUGGUGGUGGCUGCACGGGGAGUCCUUGGCCCUGACCCACCCUGCCCCACUGCACAGGGGCUGCCACCGGCUGCCCUCACCCGGGCUUACCCAGGGCCCCAUGGGAGCACAGGGCGAAUCUCAGGGCAUCUGUCCCACACUCGGGGAUCCCAUGAGGAAAGUCCUUUCUCUGCAACCAGAAAGAGAAGAGGGGUGGCAGCUGCCUAUGAGGCUGCAGGGCCAGAAGCUGGGUUGCAGAGGAAACCAGUGGCCACGAGCUAGAGGCUGGGAUGGGUCAGACACUGGCGACUCACCUGUGCUGAGGCCGCGAUCACCAGCUCUGCGGGGUCCAAGUUCCCAUCCCUCAGCUUCUCCUGCAGCACCUGGGGUGGGUGGUCUGAGAAUGGCUGGCACCCUCUGGUGGUGAGAUGAAGAAUCGCCAGCCCAGGAGCUCUGAUCACACAACAGAUGUUUACAUGACCAAGACCAGAAAGCACAGCGAAGGCAGAGAGCUGGGACGGGCACUGGAAGUCCUUGGACUCCUGUGCUAAGGCUCUUUCAGCCACACCCAGCCCUCCCCUCCACUUCUUCCUACCAACCUGUGUGUGCUCCUCUACAACCAGGAACCACGGCACGGAACACUCACGGCAUCCAUGGUAAAACACUCUCGGUCCCAGUCCAGGGAGGCCCCCAGCACUCGGAGCUGCUCACAUAUCUCUCCACCUUUCCUGGAGUGAGUAUGACAUUGAUUUAGCCUCUAGAAGCUAAUGGACACAGACAAACCCAGUAUGGGGCCUUCCAUGACACUGAAAGAAGCAUAAAGUUCUACAGUAACAGGGGAAGGGGCAGCCGAUUUGUGAGAAACCCAGAGAAGCUUUACAGAGAAGAUGGCACAUGUUAACAGACCUGGAAGCAAGAGGGUAAUUUCAGGGGGAUGGAAAGUGGGAAUGGCUGAGGAGAGAUGAUGAAAUCUAAGCAAGGGAAAAUGGGAUAAAUAGAGGGAAAAACAUACAUAUAUACAUACACAUAUAUACGUACAUAUACACAAGUAUCUACAUUUUAACGUAUACAAUACACACACACACACAUAUACACAAAGCUUGGAGACCCCACCAAAUGCUAAGGGGCUUCAGAGCUUAAGUCACCACAGGAAGUUAGGACUGAAUGGAAAAAACCUGGACUACAUGUUAGGCGAGAGGGGCUGGGAAGCAAGGACCCAAACCUGCUGUCUCGGCCCCUCCAGUCCUGCCCACCAUACUCACUCCUCCUUCCACUUCCACACCUCCCUAAGGAAGUCUUCCCGGCUCAGCUCGUGUCUCCUCACUCCUCGCUCCUUCCACAGCUGUUUCUCCACCACAGCCUACAGCAAGAUGAGAGGGCAAACAGAGAAUCAGGUCGCUUUGGGGGAAGAACUCUCUCACCCAAGAAAAGGAAAAGUGGCGAAAGACAUACUUGAGUAGCAAUCCCUGCAUGAUCUGAUCCAGGGACCCACAGCACCUGAUCCCCACGCAUCCGGUGCCUGCAAAAGAAAUACCGUCAUGGGACUUCCCUGGUGGCACAGUGGUUAAGACUCUGCGCUCCCAAUGCAGGGGGCCGGGGUUCGAUCCCUGGUCAGGGAACUAGAUCCUACAUGCAUGCCACAAUUAAAAGUUCGCGUGCCGCAACUAAGGAGCUGGCAAGUGCAACUAAGGAGCCCGCGAGCCGCAACUAAGGAGCCCACCUGCCGCAACUAAGAUCCGGAGCAACCAAAUAAGUAAAUAAAAUAUUUUUAAAAAGAAAAGAAAAACCCUCACAGGAAUCCCUGGUCUUACAUGUUUGUUUAUCCUCACUCCUUCCUACUUUCUCCUUC